UCUUGAAAACACGUUAGCACCUGGUCACACUUCAUUCUUCUCGAUAAAAUAUGUAUACAAAUUAAAAAUAAUAAAAUAAAAAUAAUGUAAUUUCUCAGUAAAUCAGCAAUAUGAAUAAUUGCAUUUUUGAAUUGGAAUAUGAGUACGUUGUGUUAAAGAUAAACGGAAAUGACAUUAGUCAUUUGCCAAGGUAUGAAGCGGUUCAAAUGUUCCUUCAAGCUAAAGAAACCAUAGUCGUCGAAUUGUGCCGGCAGAAGCAAAAUGCCUUAGAUAUAGAAAUUAAUAUAGACAUUAACAAUGAACCAACUGGCUUGAAAAACAGAAUUGAUCAAAGCGAACUGGCAACCUCCUCAUCAGUUGAAAUAUCACCGACAACCAGUGCCUCACAAAAAGAGAAGUCCAUUCCUGUGUUUAUUGCCAGUCCCAGCCCCUGCCCUACAUUAACACCAGUGUCGCAAGCAAACUCAAGUAACGACAAUCAACUUAUUUUAACACUACGUGCAUUAAGUAAGGAAGAGUCUGCAGUUCCACCUGUCGAAGUUGUCUCUGCCGUUUCCGUGUCAAGGGAGACUCAAACCUCAGCCGAAAAUCUCAAGGAUCAGGAUUUAGUUCGCACGAUAGCCGAUCACUUCAUAGAGCAAGAACAUCAUUUGUUUGAACAAUGUCUGGAGCCGGAAAUUGAUAUUGAGGAAAUUACUCUUGUUAAGACGAUAGAUGAUUCAACCACUGAAAAGUUAGGCAUAAAUGUUUGCUGCAAUGGAUAUCAGGCAUCAAAUAUCGACAUUAGCCGAGGGGACGUUAUAUCUGAAGAGGCUGAUGCUGAUGUGUGCGAAGAUGUAUUUAUUAGUGAUAUUGAGCCAGAAGGUAUAGCUCAACGCGAUGGACGUCUUAGACGUGGUGAUCAAAUUCUCCGCAUUAAUGGCAUGGACGUCAAGAGCAAGGAGGAAAUAGAAACCCAGAUCGCAGGGAGUACCUUUGCAGUGACGCUUCUUGUCAGCCGCCUGCUAUAUCCAGAAGACGACGAUGACGAAGACAUUGAGAGUAACUUUGAAUACGCGAAUAGCUUUCUCCGCGAUGAUUAUACAAAUGUGGUCGAUAAAUUGGACAAGAUCUUGCUAAGUCAAGUGCAGUCCAUGAAGACUAUUAGUGUUACAACCACUGAAGUGGUCAGCAACAACACCACCAAAAACUCGUCUCCAACAACCCAGCAGAAUUCCGAUCCGGAAGUAAACCUUAAAAAAUAUUGGCCAAAAUCAUUUCCGGAGAAAUCUGAGAAAACGUGCAGUAAAACUAAGCAUCGCGCAGACGAAAACUUAAGCCAUGUAAAAGCGUUAAAUCAAUUCAUUAACAAAAGCAGUCAGUCCCAUCACCCUUAUGAGUAUGAUGAAAGCGAGCAUAUUUAUGAGACUAUUCCUGAGGAUUCGGAAUCUGAGCCGCUAUACUGUUCACCGUAUCAAAGCUCCAACUAUAUGACGGCGAUGGGCUCCUGCUCAUCAGCAACAGCCACAGGUAUAGCUGGUAUUGAAGCUACUGAAGCCAUGGAAACGAAAAUGCAACAGCAAACUCAACGUGUUGCCCAAUGGUUGGGCCUCAAGUCCGGCCACGGCAAUUCCAGUCCAAGGGCAAUGCAAACUCUAGUAGGUCGUCCCGCUGUCCUGAAAUCAGCGCAACAGCCUACGUGCAGUCGUGUAUUCACACUCCGUAGUAUAUUGACAAAUACAAGUCGAUCCAGCAGUAGUGGAGCCGCACACAGUGCAUGCGGACCCAAAGAUGUCGACAUCAUAGGCAACUAUAUGCUGGGAUAUGAAAUUGACAACUCAUCGAGUGCCUACAACACUGGUGGGUCAAAUAAUAGCGCUUCGCCUCACCAGAAUCAGAUUUCAAAUACUUGUGACGAAGCGCCAAUUAGUGCAAACCAAUUUAGCAAAAUGGCUGAGAACCAAAACCAACCCAUUCUCUCACCUAAAGAUGCGAUUGUAACCACUACUGCGAGCAGUAUGUUAAUGUUACCAUUUGGUAGGUCUGACCGCAUAGGUCUUUGCUCUUCCAAUUUUUCCUUGACGAAUUACGGUGAAAGCCCACCCAAAGCAUGCAUCGAGGAGGAAAAUAAUCAGCUCAAGACUGAUCUCAAAUUAAUGCGACUAAAGCCAGCUGAUGAGGUGCAAAGUCAUUGUCCCCAAUUUAAUGCACCAAAUUUGAGCCGCUAUCGCUUCGUUAGUAGUCAAGAGGUCGCAAAUAAAAGCCACAUUGCUUCUAGUUCCAAGCCGAGUUCAAUACUGAUUGGUGAGAAUGGUGAGGAAAUACCCAUGGUCUGGAAAGUAAAGCGCCGUCCGGAUGGAACACGAUACAUUGUAAAGCGGCCAGUACGUAAUCGUGGGCACGUUGCUAUUCGAAAAAAUACGCGAAGUAAUGAGUUAACUACGACAGAGGAUGAUACAGUGUCGGAAGUCAAAAUUGGACGUUACUGGACGAAGGAGGAACGUAAGCGGCACAUUGAACGAGCUCGAGAACGGCGCCAUCAUCAGCAUCAACAUCAGUAACAUCAGCAAUCUUAGUUUCAUCGUAUACUGUAUUAACUGAACACUACACAGCUUAUACGAAUAUGGCAUGAAAAAAGUCCGAAAUAACUGUUUUUGUGUAAUUUU